AUGACGAAUUCAAUAUUUUCGCGGGCUGGACCAUCUACCAAGAUUCCCGGUGUCGCAAUGCAAUCAUAUAAAGUGGAAAAUAAAGCACAGAGUCGUGUUCGCAUAAUGAAGUAUCCUGGAGCAGUUGAAAAACCGCUUUGGGAAUGCAGCGUUUGCUCGAAGAAACUUUCUUCAAAACGCUCAUACACUGAGCAUAUGAACAUCCACAACAAAGCAAGACCAUUUCAAUGCUUAUAUUGCAAUUAUGCUGCAGCAAGUCAAAUGACAUUACAUCGACACAAACUUCGAAACCAUACUCCAAAGACAGAAUGGGGAUAUAGGUGCCCGUAUUGCCCACCGAACGAUCCGUAUGGAUUUUAUAUGGAGCCUGCAGGAUAUCAACAACAUAUUCAGAUUCGACAUUUUGGUUUUUCUGCAACAUUCGGCUGCCCAUUUUCUGAUUGUAAAUUCACUUCGAAAUCACAGCGAUAUUUCCGAGAACACUUGGCGAAACACAAAGGAAAUGAAAGAGUUGCUGGAGGUAUUGAUCCUUUUAUUUUGUCAGAACAAGAACUCGUUCGAUAUAUGCAGAAGUCGAAUAUCUUGACGAAUUAUGAAUCUGACGAUGACGAUGACGGUCCACCCAUUCUCGACCGACAACAGGAUGAUGGGAUGGUAUUACCGGAUACUGACUGGGUUGAAUCUGAAAUUGAAAUUAGCACGAAUAUUCCUCGAUUUCCGAACGGAUUCUUCGAAGAAGAGCUUGACUAA